CUACCAACCAAUAUAAAGGAAAUGUCGAGAAGGAUAGUCCGUAAGGAGGAACCUUUUUUAGCACGAUUCAAAGAGAAUCCUGAAGACAUAUGGAUGACAGCUACUGACAAUGCACAUAAAAUCUGGAACGUAAUGUACAGAUAUCUUGGUUGGAUACUAUGGCGGCUUUUUUACAUUUUUAUAGUGUUGCAUAAAGCGUUGACGAUUCAAAGGUUCGCCGACGACGAAUACAAAAUCCCGAGUGUUUCUUGGAAGGAAAUUGCGAUAUUGCUAGGUAGUCUUUAUUUGACGUGGAACUGUUUUAUGCGUUACAAGGAUUAUCAGUUUUUUUCGCGACCAGAUUUCGAAGGACCUCCGUCAAACACGAGCCAUUUCCAUUUGGCUGAUCGCGUAGCCGAAGGUCCGCCUGGAUGGGCUGAAACAGGGAUUGGUCGAUUACUAUAUCCGAUCUAUGCUGUGUUCUUUACACGACCAGAAACAUCUGAUCAAAUAUGGGUCAUGCGUACAUGGGAGCCGAGGCGUUACUUCUUACGAAGUUUUUGUUGGUUUUCGCCUGCGCAAUUAAUAAUGUACCAUAUAAUGACACCCGGGAAAGCGAUAUAUAUGUCUGCUGCUAUCCUUACCACCGCGUUUUUUCUUCGGAAACUCGUGGAUAUGUUUGAUGCAAUGUUGCAGGAUAAACAAGUGAUAUACGGGCAAAUGCUCGCGGAAUACAAUGAGAAUUUUAUCGCGCCGCGUGUAUUUGUCCCAAAAAUAUCUCAUGAGGUUCAGACUCGAGGUGGAUUUUGGGAUAAGUUGACCGAAAUAAAAUUGAAUUCGAAGGAGUCGAUAUCACACCAACCUAUUCAUGUUCAAUCAGACUCACGAUAUAAUUCUAGUAAAGACUAUCAUCAACAACCAAUUCCUCAACUUAAUUCUUUUGGCGGGAAUUCUCGUCAAUCGCGAUCAUCACACAAUAAUUUUACUGAAAGUCGUCAUACAUCAUCAAGUUCUCAAAAUUCGACCAGAAGGAACAAUGCCGCUUCCUCCUCCUCUUAUUCAGCAAGAAAUCAUCCGAUACCCAAGCAGCAUAAUACGCGCUCGAGUGCACAUGAAGCAACAUUAUCAACACCGAUUACAUUUUCAAGUUCAAUAACAACUUCCUCCAACAUUACAGCACCUCAAUAUGAAUGCCCCGCGGAUAAACCUAGUCCUUACAAAACAAAGGACAAUAUAUUUCAAUACGGAUAUGGACCAAUAUCUGACUAUGUAGAAGAUUGGCCAGCAAAAAACACUUCAA